AUGGAGCAUUCUGCCGACACCGAGGCUGCCGCCUCCCCCGGCAUUCCCGACAACACUGUCCCCGGCUGGGUCGGCCGGGAGGCUGUUGACUACACUGCUGCCACCGGCGGUUCUGGACAGCAUGAGUUCGACGGAAGCGCCCGCAUCUACCAGUUUGAUGAGGAGUUUGGCGAUGUUGGCCCCAAGUUCCCCGAACUUGAGCUCGAACUCUUCGGCGAUCCGGCCCUUCGCCACGAGCGUGCCGGCCUCGACUUUGCAAAGAUCGAUCGUAUCGAGGUCCAGCAGGAGGGACCCGUCAAGAUCAACCCGGUCCGAACUUUCAAGGACGCCGGAAUUCACCCCUUGAUGUUGGAGAAUGUCGAACUGGCCGGCUACGACACUCCCACUCCAAUCCAGAAAUUCACGAUCCCUGCCAUGCUUCAGGGCUACGACGUCAUCGGCAUCGCUCAGACUGGGUCGGGCAAGACUGCCGCGUACUUGAUUCCCAUCCUCAGCAAGCUCAUGGGAAAGGCGAAGAAGUUCGCUGCGCCCCGCCCCAACCCUUCCGCCUUUGUGGAGGGCCGUGAUGAGGUGGUGGCGGAGCCGCUGGUGCUCAUCGUAGUUCCAACUCGGGAGCUUGCCGUGCAGAUUUUCAACGAGGCACGGAAGUUCUGCUAUCGUACCAUGCUUCGUCCGGGAGUUUUGUACGGUGGUUGCCCAAUCCGCCAGCAAGUGGCCUUGUUGAACCGCGGUUGUGACGUCCUCGUGGGAACUCCGGGUCGUCUGGUCGACUUCAUUGGCCGUCCCAAUGUUCUGACCCUUCGACGCCUACGCUACAUGGUAAUCGAUGAAGCAGACGAGAUGCUUGACUGCGAUUGGGGCGAAGAAAUUCGUCAGAUUUUGACCGGCGGAGAACAAGAUGAGGGAAACAUCAAGUACGGACUCUUUUCGGCUACUUUCCCCAAGGCCGCCCGUGAACUUGCCAAGGAUCACCUGUCGGCCUCUCAUGUGCGCUUCCGCGUCGGCCGGGCAGGCAGCACGACCGAGAAUAUCAAGCAAACUGUCAUCCGUGCGGAGCGCGACGAAAAACGAGAGGCUCUAUCGCGCAUUCUGGGCGAGAUGCACGGAGUGAGAACGAUCAUCUUCACCAACAGCCGACAGGAAGUCGACAGCCUGGACGACUUCCUGUACAACAUGCAGUUGCCCGUCACUUCGAUUCAUCGUGACCGGACCCAGCAAGAGAGAGAGAUUGCACUUCGAAGCUUCAGAUCUGGCAAGGCGCCGAUUCUCAUCGCCACUGGCGUUAUGGCUCGCGGAAUCGACGUGCGCAAUGUCAUGCACGUCAUCAACUAUGACCUCCCAUCCAUGGAUCAUGGCGGCAUCGAGGAGUACACGCACCGCAUUGGCCGCACCGGUCGAAUUGGCCAUCGGGGCUUGGCCACGUCCUUCUUUUCGGAGAGAGACGAGCCUAUUGCCAGUGUGCUCACUCGUACUUUGCUCGAGACCAAGCAGGACAUCCCCGAAUUCCUGCAGAUGUAUGUUCCGGACGGCCCAGAGGGCGAAAACCCAAAGUUCGAAACCGAAUCCGACUUUGACCCCAACGACAUUGCUGCACGCGAUGGCGAGGCUGGUGGAGACGCUUGGGGCGGAGGAGACGCAGCCAACGCGAGCAACGCCUGGGGCGGCGGCGGCCAGAGCAACGGAGAAGACAACGGCGGCGGCGGUGGUGGAUGGGGAGCGCCUGCUCCUGAGGCCAGCGCCGGAACCAACGGCUGGGGAGCGCCUGCUCCUGAACCGGCUGGAUGGUAG